AUGUCUCAUUCGCCGGCAAGUCAGAAUCAGCCCAGUCUAGAAGACGGGUUGAAAAGCUACUCCUGCUUGAUCUGCAGGCAGCGGAAGGUCAAAUGCGACCGGCGCGCCCCGUGCUCCAACUGCGUCAAGGCAGAGAAGCAAUGCAGCUUCGUGCCUCCCGUACGCGGGAAACGCAAACGCACAAAGCCUCGCAGGGAGGGAAUUCACGCUAAGCUGAAGCGGUACGAAGAGUUGUUGAAGUCGUACGGCGCGAACAUCGAGCCGUCCGAAGAGUUCGACGAUUCCGAUACCGACACGGUCUCGCAGCCCGAUCUCGAAACAGGUAAGGGCGCCGAGACCCGAAGCCAAGCCCGGAGCGAUCCGUUCGGGCUCCAAGAGACCAAACCUCGACUCAUCACGGAGGAGGGGACGUCAACUUACUUCGAAAGCGCUCCCUGGUCCAACUUAGGCGACGAAUACCAUCACCCCGAAGUUGGACAAGUCGGCGCCUUAGGCGAUACGAUGGAUGAGUUAACUACCAACGAAAGCGGGAUGUUUCUCGAUCCCGAAUACGGAAACAAGUUCGCAAACUUGGCGGAGCUCCAUCCCCCGUCUCAGAUAUUGCUGAAAUUGAAAGAAAUCUACCUCGAACGAGCCGACCCAUUAAUGAAGGUCUUGCAUUUCCCUACAUUCUGGUCCGCGUUGACGGACGGGCUGCGAAAUCCGCGAGACAUGCCCAAAAGCCUAGAGGCGCUGGCGUUCGCCUUCUACUUCGCAGCCGUCACCGCCCUCAAGGGCGAAGAGUGCCAGAACUUGUUCGGGGCGUCCCAGCCCGCCACGCAUUCUCGUUAUAGGUCGGCAACUCGCCAGGCCUUGGUGAAGGCGGGGUUCUUGUCGACUUCUAGUCCCACUACCCUCCAAGCAUACGCAAUCUUCCUGAUGUGCGUGAGAAAUAGCUAUCGCUGCGAUACCCUUUUCGUGCUGACAGGAGUGGCGGUACGCCUCGGGCGUAAGAUGGGACUCCACCGAGACGGCACGUCUCUCGGGCUGUCGCCGUUCGAGACGGAGAUGAGGAGAAGAAUCUGGUGUCAGCUCGUCCACAUGGACUUUCGCACGGCCGACGUAAUGGGCGCGCGACCGUCGCUGGACCUCUUGUGCGGCGAUACCAAACCGCCCCUGAACGUCGACGACGACGACCUCUACCCGGAUAUGGCGGAUCCCCCACCCGAGCGCGACGGCAUCACCCCGACCACGCUCGGCGUGAUGAGAUGCGACAUCCUGGAUACCCUACGCAAGUUUCCGGCGUCGUGUCCCGGCGACGUGCGGUGGGAGGUGCUCUCCAACCCGAGCGUCCCGUUCGCCAAGAAGGAGAGCAUCAUAAACGAGAUCGAGGAUAGGUGGGAGAGGAGAUUCAUGCGCUACUGCGACCCUGCCAAGCCGUUCCACACCUACGUAUCCGUCUCGAUCAGGUCCUCGAUAUGCAGGCUGAGGAUAUUCGCCCACAACCCGCGACAGUUCGCCAACAGCCCCGCCAAAGCUUCCGAAAGGGAGCGCCGGGUCGUAUACGCAAACGCGAACAAGCUGCUAGAGUACACGAUACUGGUACAGAAAGGGUCCCACGGCCUAGACACGUACAGGUGGCUAUUCGGCUCGGGCUUUCUCUGGAACACCAUGCUUUACGUGCUCGUCGAAAUGCGACACCGCAAGACGGGGCCCGAAGUCGACAGAUCGUGGCAGCUGAUCGGCUCCCUAUUCUCUCACUACCCCAUCGUGUUCGAAAAGUUCACGGGAGCCGUGUCGGCCGCGCUAGGGAGGUGGACGCUGUACGUCUGGGACGGAUACGUCGCCGCAUCCAAAGAAGAAGGCCUCCCCGAGCCGGCGACGCCACGAUACAUCGAAGCCAUCCGCCGCUGCCGAAGGCCCUCGGAGCCCCCGGCCAGAGCCGGAGACCCGGUCGCAGAUACCGGAUCCGCCGCUCAAGAUCCACUCGGCUGGGGCGAAAACCCACUCCGCAGAUACGACGCGAAUAUGUCCGGUUUCGAAUCUUUGGAGCCGUACCAGGCUUCCGAACUCUUUUCCUUCGACAUGGACCCGAACGAAUGGGUGCAGUGGGAACAAUUGCUCGCAGAAUAG